AUGCUUUCUUCGUUUUUCAUUCUUUUUUUCUGUGCUCUUGUCACUGCACUCUCCGCAGGAGACCCUCGAGAGAAGUGGGGCGGGCAUGGGGUUGGAGGCGAGAUUUCCCACGGGGGUAAUAGUAUUGGCAAUGGGGAUGUUGGUGGGAUUAACGGCGAUGUUGGCAUUGGGGGUGGCGGGGGUACUUGCGACCCGGCCACUUGUGACGCCCAGCUGUACCACUACGGCAACAACCACAACCACCGUCUCCAGUACAACCUGUUCUACUACAACCACCGCGACAGCCACAACCACCGUCUCCAGUACAACCUGUUCUACUACAACCACCGCGACAGCCACAACUACCUCGACAGCCACAACUACCUCGACAGCCACAACUACCACGACAGCCACGACCACAACCACCGCUACUGUUAUCCCUACUGCCAUCUGCUUCUGCUGUUCCAGCCCUAA